AGGUCCUUCUAAAGAGGUCCUUCAGUGAGAGACAAAAAGAAGUUAGCAGUAGCCGCGCCUGACUGGCAACAACUAAAACUCUUUUAUCUUACUCUUUUCUACAUUAAGGAGCACGAGGCUUCCCUGCCGCACCAACAAUUUGGGGCUGAGGAGGAAACAAAGAUUCAACCAUGUUAACGUCUGCCGCUGGGAUUAUUUCGCUUCUUGAUGAGGAGGAGCCUCAGCUCAAGGAGUUUGCUCUUCAAAAACUUAAUUCAAUAGUGAAUGACUUUUGGGCUGAGAUUUCUGGAUCAGUAGAUAAAAUUGAGGUGUUGUACGAGGAUGAGGCGUUUCGGAGUAGAGAAUUCGCUGCCCUGGUUGCUUCAAAGGUUUUCUACCACCUUGGAGCUUUUGAGGAGUCCCUGAAUUAUGCACUUGGUGCUGGUGAUCUCUUUAAUGUCACAGACGACUCUGAAUAUGUGGAAACCAUCAUUGCAAAAUGCAUUGAUCACUACACCAAGCUGCGGGUUGAGAAGGCCGAGCUGCCAGAGGACGAGGAGAAGAAAAGCAUUGACCCUCGCCUCGAGGGCAUAGUCAACAAGAUGUUCUUGCGUUGCCUUGACGAUCACAAGUACAAGCAAGCAAUUGGCAUCGCCCUGGAGACCAGGCGGCUUGACAUGUUUGAAAAGACCAUCUUGGAAUCAAGUGAUCUAAGUGGGCUCCUUGCCUACAGUUUGAAGGUGUGCAUGUCCCUAAUGCAGAACAAGAAAUUUCGUAAUGAAGUUUUACGCGUGCUGGUCAAGCUCUACAUGAAUUUGGAAAAACCGGAUUUCAUUAAUGUCUGCCAGUGCCUGAUAUUCCUGGAUGACCCACAGGCUGUGAGUGACAUCCUGGAGAAACUAGUGAAAGAGGACAACCUGCUGAUGGCCUAUCAGAUCUGCUUUGAUCUGUAUGAGAGUGCCAGCCAGCAGUUCCUCUCCUCUGUCAUCCAAAACCUGCGCACUGUUGGAACACCCAUUCCAGCAGUCCCUGGCUCCACAAAUACAGGAACUGUGCCUGCCCCUGACAAAGACAGUGAUGCAAUGGAGACAGAUGACAAAGCUGGCAGCUCACCUGCUGGAAAGUCAGCAGAAACGAAAGAUGAGCCCAAAGACCAGAAUGCCAAGAUGAUCAAAAUCCUCAGUGGAGAGAUGGCCAUCGAGUUGCACCUGCAGUUCCUGAUCCGAAAUAACAACACAGAUCUAAUGAUUCUCAAAAACACAAAGGAUGCAGUUCGAAAUUCAGUGUGCCACACAGCUACAGUCAUAGCCAAUUCCUUCAUGCACACAGGAACAACAAGUGACCAGUUUCUAAGAGAAAACCUAGAAUGGCUUGCUAGAGCCACCAACUGGGCAAAAUUCACAGCUACAGCCAGUCUGGGUGUCAUCCACAAGGGUCAUGAGAAGGAGGCACUGCAGUUAAUGGCCACCUAUUUGCCCAAAGACACCUCUCCUGGCUCAGCCUAUCAGGAAGGAGGGGGUCUGUACGCUCUGGGCCUUAUUCACGCCAAUCAUGGUGGUGACAUUAUUGACUACCUUCUCGGUCAGCUCAAGAAUGCCAGCAAUGAUAUUGUCCGUCAUGGUGGCGCCCUUGGCCUCGGUUUGGCUGCGCUGGGUACAGCCAGACAAGACGUUUAUGACCUUCUCAAGUCCAAUUUGUACCAGGAUGAUGCUGUUACUGGUGAAGCUGCAGGUCUGGCUCUGGGUCUAGUUAUGCUUGGCUCCAAAUCAGCUCAGGCCAUAGAAGACAUGGUUGGCUAUGCUCAGGAAACGCAGCACGAAAAGAUCCUGCGUGGACUGGCAGUGGGAAUUGCUCUUGUAAUGUACGGCCGUAUGGAGGAGGCUGACACCCUCAUUGAAAGCCUGUGCAGAGACAAGGACCCCAUCCUUCGGCGCUCUGGAAUGUACACUGUUGGAAUGGCAUACUGUGGAUCCGGGAACAACAAGGCCAUUCGACGCCUGCUACACGUCGCUGUGAGUGACGUAAACGAUGACGUGAGGAGAGCUGCUGUCGAGUCUAUUGGCUUCAUCUUAUUCAGAACCCCAGAGCAGUGUCCCAGUGUGGUGUCGCUGCUGUCAGAGAGCUAUAACCCUCAUGUUCGCUGUGGGGCUGCCAUGGCCCUUGGCAUCUGCUGUGCUGGAACAGGCAACAAGGAGGCCAUCAACCUGCUGGAGCCGAUGACCAACGACCCAGUGAAUUAUGUGAGACAGGGCGCCCUGAUUGCUUCCGCCCUCAUCAUGAUUCAGCAGAGUGAAGUCACAUGUCCCAAGGUCAACCAGUUCCGACAGCUAUAUUCAAAAGUCAUCAACGACAAGCACGAUGACGUCAUGGCCAAGUUCGGUGCCAUCCUGGCUCAGGGAAUCCUCGAUGCAGGUGGACGUAAUGUAACCAUCUCACUGCAGUCCAGGACCGGUCACACACACAUGCCAUCUGUGGUUGGCUUGCUGGUCUUCACCCAGUUCUGGUUCUGGUUCCCCCUGUCCCACUUUCUAUCCUUGGCCUUCACACCAACUGCUAUAAUUGGACUCAACAAGGACCUCAAGAUGCCCAAGGUGCAGUACCGCUCCAACUGUAAACCCUCCACCUUUGCCUACCCACCAGCACUGGAGGUUCCCAAAGAGAAGGAAAAGGAGAAGGUUUCCACUGCUGUUCUCUCCAUCACUGCCAAGGCCAAGAAGAAGGAGAAGGAAAAGAAAGAAAAGGAGGAGGAGAAGAUGGAAGUGGAGGUGCAGGAGGGUGAGAAGGAGAAGAAGGAUGAAGAGAAGGAGAAAAAGAAGGAAGUGGAGCCAAACUUCCAGCUCCUGGAGAAUCCAGCCAGAGUGAUGCCUGCUCAGCUCAAAGUCCUCACCAUGCCAGAGAGCUGUCGGUACCAGCCCUUCAAACCGCUCUACACAGGCGGCAUCAUCAUCAUGAAAGACACCAGUGAAGAAGAGGAGGAACUGGUUGAGCCCGUCUCGGCUCACGGCCCCAAAAUUGAGGAGGAAGAGCAGGAGCCGGAGCCUCCCGAGCCCUUCGAAUACAUCGACGAGUAGAAGUGCGUGUACACACAGAGGUGGCAGAAGCAGUGCCUCAGCGUGUUGGUCCAGUGUCUCCAUUUUUGUCCCUCCAUCUUCCACUCCCCUGCUUCGAUUCCUAUUUUACAUGUAAUUUCUGCCCUAACAUAAAGGGAACAUUUUACACACAACCUACUGUAUUAUUUUCAGUCCAUACAGUAAACUGGUAUAUAUUGAAGAC